AUGUCCGUGGAUAGAACCGAGCCGUGUUCUUAUAUUGAUGGGAGGGCGCAAUCGGCCAACGCCAGUCUGGUUGAGACUAAGGGAACACAAAGGGGAAACCCACGGUGUCGCGUGAUGCCGCUUCUUCGCACUUCACAACUUCAGGCUAGCGUAAGUGUCCCUGACGCAUUUGACGACGACGAGGCCGUCCCACUUGAACAGUCUAGGCAGAGAGAUGCGGGGAGAGGGCGAUGGUGCAAAUCUAGCGGUGGUUUUGCACGACUGGAGAGAGACAGCAGUCUUCGGUCCACUAAUUCGGGUGGUGACAUUUGGUCCUACUCACGUUGA